CACAAACAACAAGCCACCACCAAAACUGACAAGCCAGGCCAGGCCAGGCCAGGACAUUACUGGCUCGUGCAGACCCAAGUCAGUCGCUUAGCAGCCGCGAACGCGAGCAAAACACUCGAGCCGGAGCACCAAGCGUAACUAAAAGUGCAAUAUAUAUAGAUACCAGUGCAAUAUAUAGAAAAGUGAUAUCAGUGUAUGCAGCUAUAAAUGCAAUUUCAUUAUCAAUUAUAAAUAAUUUCUAAACGCAAAUUGAAAUUGUUUAAAGUGUGCAGCUCUCAAAAUAUUCAAAUAUUACAAAGAGCCUUGAAUUAAAAUGCACAAAAGCCUUUAGGCAUAAGCAGCUGAGCGUCUCUCUCUCUGUGUGCGUGUAUGUGUGUGUCUGUGUGGGUGUAGCUGCAGCAAGUUGCAUGCCACGGCAUUAUUAUUUGGGUCAAAGCGUUGAGAGUAAAAAAUAAAAGCUGUCGCAUUAAAAGUUAACUAGACACAAACUUGGCAAGCACCACUAAUCCACCUGUUAUGCUGGUAACAACCACAGCAGCAGCAGCACCACCACCAACAACAACAUCAACAACUGCAACUCUAGUCUAGGCGCAAUGGAAACCCAACAGCCCAAGGUACAUCGCCAGCAUCAGCGACAGCGUCGCACUGAGGCGCGCCAGCGUCGUCUGGAGCGUGAAGCUGCCGCCGCAACAGCAACAACAACACCCAUUGAACUGGAGCAAACAGUGCUGGGAGCAACUACAUUGGAGGACUGCGCUGCAGCUUUGAAUGACACCGCCUCGACCACAACAACAGCGACUACAGUGGGACGCAUAAGCGCGCAGAGCUCUGCGGACAGCAUUGAGCUGGUGGGUUCGCCCAGUCAAACCUCGCAGCAGACGGUGGUGCUGGUGAAUGGACAUGCGCCGCCUACGCAGGACACACUCGAGGAGAGCGCUUCACUAGGUGCCGAGGAGACAGCGGUGGUGGCUAUCACCAAAAAGGCAGAUUCACCCACGAAGCCCACCAAGCAGAGUGAUGGCAGUCGCAACUCCUCGGGCGAUGCCAUGAGUCUGCGGGAGACGCUGCAGCAACUGCCGGCUACGCAUGGACAUCGCUCGCGACGCACACACUCGCCGCAGUCGCCGGCACUGCGUUCGCUGGAGGUGGACUCGUCCUUUCAUCGCGGCAUUCUGGGCUACAUAGAUCGUGAGCUCAAGCAGAGCUCGCCCACGCCCUCAGCCUUGAGCGUGGGCGCAGUUAGUGGCGGCAGCGUCGGCGUGGGUGCCUCACGCAAGCAGCAAUCGCUGUCGGAUCCACAGGCUAGUCCAGCACAGCGCUCCUUGCGCUCGCGGAACAGCUUUGACAAGAGUCCGCGUCGCAAGCGCAGCAAGUCCGAGUCGCGGCGGCGACGUGAGCGCAAACUUAUUGCUGCUGGGGAAAUGGAAGUGCGCCAGGCCAAUGAGACAUUGAUGCGCUAUCUCAAGCAGUGCUCGGAUAUGCAUGAUGCAUCGCUAUCCGGUGAGCUGGAGAUCGAUCACAGCUACGAGGAGCGGCGUGUGCAUCGCAAGACGAAAUCGCAGCGCGACAAGCGUGGGCAGCUCAUCAGCAAGCUUUACUCAGCUGGUGGUUUAUCCUCCAUAUUGAAGGAGCUGGCUGAUGACAUUGCACCUGCUGAGGGUGAUGAGAUCUACAAUCCAUUCACUCCGGUCGUCUCGCCCACCGACGAUACGCCCGCGCACAUUGACAAAAUGUUCCUGCAGACGUCAUCGGGCUAUCGACCCGUCGAGCAGAGCUACUACAAGCGCUCCUUUGUGGGGGCGUCAGGUGCGCGUGGCAGCGCUGCCGGCGCCAGCGCCAGCUGCAUCUCGGCCGCCGAGCUGGGCGCCGCCGGUCGUCUCUUUUGCUCCAACGGCCCCAACACCAGCGGCAGCAUGCGUGGCAGCUAUGGCGACACCCGCUGUCUCCUCGAUGCUCAACUUAAUCGCAAUGGUGGCAUCUCGAGCAACAUUCAGCUGGCGUGUGUAAUUCAACGAAUUUGGCUGCUCAUCUCCAACAUAUGCCAUGGCCUGCUGGCGGGCCUAGCCCUGGCUCAUCUGCUCUUCGUGAUGAGCAGCCAUAGCCAGCCGGCGGACUGGGCAAAGGUUAUCAGCAGCUUGAAUCUCGCUGGCGAGACAUUAGCUAGCACAACCACGCCCAUUACGACGACAACAACAAGCACGAGCACAACACAAAUGCCAAACUCGCUUAUGGACGACACAGGGAGUCCCGAUAGAGCAACAAAGGCGUCGGGGACAAGCAGUGAAACGCUGGCGCUAAUAAGCGAUUAUGCUGGCUUUGCGGACAUCUAUUUGAAUACGUUCUACUGCUUGGCCAUAAUUUGUCUGGUUUCAGUGUUCGAUCGCAUGGAUAUUUGUCGUUGGAGCUUCUCGCAUGCCAGCGAGCUGGUGUCAUUUCGCUGGCUUAUCAUCACCAUGAUAUAUAUAGCCACCAUCAUACUAACUAUAUGCUCCGAUUCGAUUGACGAGAAGUUGUAUUUGUUUAACAACAAUGCCAAUAUAACGUUAACUCAACAGGAACUGCUUAGCAAUAGUGUGCAGAGCGUCUGGAGCAGUUUAUCGGUGACGCGCAGCAUUGCGGCUAUAUCGGGUUGGAUUAUGAUUGGGCUAACGCCGCAGGAGGAUAUGCUGUAUGAGCAUCUGGUUGAUCUUACCAAAUAUCAAUUGACAAAUAAUUGAAUUUAAGUGCGACUAGAAUUUAAAUAUAAUAUGUUUACUGUUUAUAUAUA